AUGGCCGAGAACCUAUUUUUGCGAAUGAAAUGGCAAACAGAGGAGGCGCGUGUUCCUCGUGCGUCGUGCCGGAUAGGUCGUCUUUCCCGUCAGCACCCGACUCGGACCGUUGUUGCCGUUCCGGCUGCCGCCACCCACUAUAGAAUUCCCCUGAGACCAGGAGACCCACCGUCGGCUCCCGCGUACCCCCAUCGUUUUCCACGUUUGAUGGAGUCUCUCCUCGCAUCGCGAUCCAUUAGGUCUUCCUUCUCCGCCGUCGCUGGCACCAGGGGCGCUUCCCCCAGGCCCUCGCGCUUCACCACCCUCGCCGCCGCCGGCGGCGGCGCUCGCCCGCUCCGUGCCGGCCCCAAGGACUCAAUUCUUGAGGCGCUGGCAAAGUAUGAUAUGCUGAACGCAACAGAGGUGGUCCAAUGGGAGAAUGGCAUGACAGUGAACGGCAUAGCGGCUAGCCAGGGGAUUCGCAUCCGCAGGCACUGCCGCCCCACUGCAUCCUUGAAGGAGAUAGAGGAGGAGCUGGGAGCCCCUCUUAACAUCCUAGAGAAGAUCAUUUGGGACAAGGAGAUUGAAGUAGCUGAGGGGCAUGCUAAGAAGCCUCUGGAGGAGGUGAUUCAGGCUGCACAGAAGGCCCCUCCUUCAAGAGACUUCUAUGGUGCUUUAGAAGCUGCCUCCAAGCGUAAUGGGGUGCCUGCAUUGAUUGCUGGGGUCAAGAAAGCAUCCCCAAGUAGGGGCGUGCUCAGGGAGAACUUUGAUCCUGGAAACUUUGAGAAUCUUGAGAAGGUGCGCACCUCAGGAGUGAAGUGCCCCCUUCUCUGCAAAGAGUUUGUCCUUGAUAAGUGGCAAAUCUAUAAUGCUCGCUCUAAGGGUGCUGAUGCAAUUCUAUUAAUUGCUGCUGUGCUACCAGAUGUUGACAUAACGUACUUUCUUAAGAUUUGCGCAGAGUUGGGAAUGACAGCUCUUAUUGAGGUUCAUGAUGAAAGAGAGAUGGAGCGUGUUCUGAAGAUAAAUGGAGUUAAGCUUAUUGGUAUCAAUAACCGAAGCCUUGAGACAUUUGUUGUUGAUACUUCAAACACCAAGAUGUUGCUUGAGAAGCAUGGUGAUAGCAUCAUGGAGAAAGGAAUUUUGGUUGUUGGUGAAUCAGGUCUGUUUACUCCAGAUGAUGUUGCUUAUGUGCAGAAUGCUGGUGUUUCUGCUGUUUUGGUGGGGGAAUCCCUGGUGAAGCAAGAAUGCCCUGGACGAGCCAUUGUUGGGUUGUUUGGCAAAGAACUGCUGCACUGA